UCAUUCGUACACAUCGCCUUUCCGGUUCUAGCCCGAUUCCUGCGACUUCGUUUGAGUUUCAAGACGCGCGAAUAAAUUUUGCCAUGGCAUGGAAUUCAAACACACACAGACACCUACAAUGAUAGCGUAACACGCAGGUGUUUCACACCCCCUAACUAGGUGGCGCUCGCUGGUGCACUGAGGAUUAUAUCCAGUAACACACGCUGCUCUCCUCGUUUGUUUUGGAUGUGGAGCUGCUGUUGAGAAGCCCAGAGCGCUGGGUGGGUGUGCAGCUUUUUUUGGCUCUUCUGUGCGUGACCUGGUGAAGAUUUGUUCCUGCCGAAUUGCAUGCAGACUUCCUUUAACAUUUUGCGUGCCGUUUUCGCUCGAGAAUGGGGAGCAGCAGCCGCAUCGAGUGCGUCUUCUUCAGUGAAUUUCACCCGACUCUGGGGCCCAAAAUCACCUACCAGGUUCCUGAGGAAUACAUCUCUAGAGAGCUCUUUGAUACAGUGCAGGUGUACAUCAUUACCAAGCCUGAGCUCCAGAACAAGCUCAUCACAGUCACGGCGAUGGAGAAGAAGCUGAUUGGCUGCCCAGUGUGUAUUGAGCACAAGAAGUACAGCCGCAACGCUCUGCUUUUCAACCUGGGCUUCGUGUGCGACGCCCAGGCUAAGACCUGCGCCUUGGAGCCCAUUGUCAAAAAACUGUCUGGAUACCUGACGACACUGGAGCUGGAAAGUGGGUUCAUCUCCAACGAGGAGAGCAAGCAGAAGCUGGUGCCCAUUAUGUCCACCUUGCUGGAGGAGCUCAAUGCCAAGGGAGCGUGCACCCUGCCCAUUGAUGAGUCCAAUACCAUCCACCUGAAGCUGAUCGAGCAGCGCAAGGACCCGGCGAUUGUGCAGGAGUACGAUGUGCCCGUCUUCACGCAGUGCAAAGAGCAGUUCUACAGGUCACAGUGGGACCUCACCACACAGCAGAUCCUGCCCUACAUCGACGGCUUCCGUCACAUUCAGAAGAUCUCUGCAGAGGCGGAUGUGGAGCUGAAUCUCGUGCGGAUCGCUGUGCAGAACCUGCUGUUUUCUGUACGUGUACACACCAUCUAUAUGCAUGUUUUAGGCCAGAAGAGAGCCAACCUGAGGGAUGUGUUUCAGCUCUACUGUGGCCUGAGUCCAGGAACUACAGUGCGAGACCUGUGCUCUCGCUACGCGCAGCAGCUGCAGAGGGUCGAUGAGAGGAAACUGAUCCAGUUCGGGCUGAUGAAGGGGCUGAUCCGGCGCCUGCAGAAGUACCCCGUGAAGGCGACCCGGGAGGAGAGGAGCCGCCCGCCCCGGCUCUACACUGGCUGUCACAGCUACGACGAGAUCUGCUGCAAAACGGGCAUGAGCUACCGGGAGCUGGAUGAGCGGCUCGAAAACGACCCCAACAUCAUCGUGUGCUGGAAGUGAGGCGCGGGGGCCCCGUCUCCGUCGUCGGGAGUUAGCGAGCGGGUUUUUUUCCCCGGUUUUCCCCGGACUGCUGCUGCUGCAAAGGGACAGGGAGUGCAGAGCUUGUUUUUGUUUCUGCUGGGAGAUCCCCCCCCCCCCCACCCAGUUCGUUCGGGUUAAUGGUCAGUGUGCGGCAUAUUGGCAGCAGGCUGGGCAAGGGGUAGGAGAGGUCAGCGUCUGCGCCUCGGCUCUCGCCGUCCAGGGAGGGAGGACGAGGGGGCGGCUGGAAAGCGAUGGAAACGUGGACGUCCGGAGGGUCAUAAAAUCUGCGUCCACGCCAGUGAAGACUGAAAGCUGCCAGAUCCGCCAUCGCGAUGACGGAUCUUUUGCUUGUUGUGGAUUUGUCAUCCCCCCCUAACCCCAGCCCCCGACAUUGUGUACUAAAGCGAGUUUGAUUUGAAUGAAUAAAUUGAGUUUAAUUUCAACUGUG